AACUACAUAUUAUUUAUUACUGCGUGCGCAUAUACUAUCAACUUUUUCUUUCUUUUAGCCGUGGAAUUUAAACAAAACGGGAUUUUACAGUGGUUUAAGCGUCUAUUUUUUUUAUUUGUGUUAAUUCCUGAAUUAACUUUAUAGGAAACAAUGCAUUCCCUUUUGUUGAAAGCCUUAAUCGUUUACAUAAUGCAAGGACAUGUGACGUGUAUAACAUUAUCAGCCUCGCCGAACUAUAUUUAUGCAAACACUAGCAUAAGACUCACAUGCAAUGUAAACCAAUCCUUUGGAUAUGUGCAGAAUGUGACAUUUUUUAGAAACUCGGAUUUACCGGGAAGUAGUGUAUGUUCACAGCGGUAUUGGAACACACACAUGUACGGAGAAUGCUAUCUUUCGCAUUUACCCAGUUGCUGUAGUGUAUACAGUAAUAUGGUGGUAUUGACGUACAGACCAGACACAACGCCAAAAACUGACGAAUCUUUCUCGUGUGAGGUAAAUGGAAAAAAUGGCCAAGAGAGAAACUUAACAACAGUUAGGGCGGCUGCGUUACAAUCUGUAACAUUAUUCCCAACAGCUAGUGAAUUCAAUGUAACAAAGGGAAAAACACCAGGAGCUAUCACAUGUUCUGCUGUUUGUUGGCCAAAUUGCACAUUCAGAUGGAUUGGACCCAAUCAUUUCAAUGAAAACGGACCUGAGUUGACACUAAAGGUCAUACCGAAAUCAGGAUCUGGAACAUAUUGGUGUCAAGCUAAAAAUGUAAUAGGAACACAAAACAGUAAAAACAUCACUUUAACAGUGCAAUAUGGCCCAGAUACCAUUGUAGUAUUUCCUUCAGAAUUGAACGGUAGAUAUAUAAGAACUGAAGGUGAUUCGAUCAGAAAUAUAACAUGUUGGGCUGAUUGUCAUCCUGUAUGUAACUAUACGUGGACAUAUCCAGACAAUACAACAAACGUGACGUCAUAUUUCUAUAAAUACGCACUGGAGAAGAUACAUGAUGGGGAAUACACAUGUAGAGCAUUCAAUGAGAUUGGCUCCAAAGAGAAAACAAUUAGAGUUGUUGUAAACUAUGCACCAGAAAACAUACAAUUGUCACCAAACAUCACACCAAUUAUAGUUCAAGAGAACAUUUUUUAUUCAAUAACUUGUUCUGCCAACUGUAGACCACAAUGCGAAUAUAAGUGGACAGGACAAACUCGAUGGUCAGCAUGGAAUAAUCUGUUAUUUAGAAGAAAUGUAAAAAGAUCAGACAGUGGUAAUUACAGAUGUGAAGUAAGAAAUGGUGUUGGACGAACAUAUUCUUCGUAUGUACGUUUAACUGUCCACACGAGACCGACAAAAGUAAAAAAUAUUACUGUAAAAAGCACUGGAUCAACCACUGCGUCGAUUGCAUGGAUACCCGAUAUGACAGUGGUUCCUGCGCAACACUUUAUUUUGCAUUAUAAAACAAGGAACGACAUGGAUUUCACUAGUGUGCUUUUUAAAGAACCAGAAAAUCAGCAAAAUAUCUUCUUGUUACAUGUAAAGAGCCUGAUCCCUUCUACAGAAUACGUUUUUAAAAUAUCGUCAGAAAACUAUUUAGGACAGACUGAAUCGAUUGAAUUUCGAUCUGUAACCAGUGCAGGUCAGAUUUCUCCAAUACGCCCUGAUUUUAUUGGUGGGAUUGCAUUGAUAUUGAUAGCGUUACUUGUAAUCAUCAUAACAAUGGUGCUAGUCCAUAGGUUUCGAUUACUAACACAACGUUUGGACACUACAAGUGGAUGUUCUUGCUGCAUCAAGGAUAGUACCUCAAAAACUACCAGACCAACUGAGGAAAGAUUAUAUGAAAAUACCAGUCUCCAACUGCAAAACCUAGGAAGUUCCACCGAAGGUAAUGGUCAAAUAUCAGUGCUAAAAACUAGUGGAGAAAGAUACCAGAGGGACAAUCAAACACAUAUAUCGAAAAACAACGCUCUGCUUCAGGAGGGAUUGAAGAAAUAA